CGCGGGUCCCCCAGCGCCGCGAGGCGGAAGCGCCCUCUGCCGCUACUUCCCCCGACCCCGCGGCACGCGGCGCCUCGGGUUCCGGAUAGGCCCCGUGUGACGUGGCCGCGCGCCGGGGGCGGCUCCGGGCCGGGGGCCGAGCGGCCGGGCGGCCGGGCGGGGCACAGCCGGGGCGGGGCGCGGCACCGCAGCUGGAUGGCCGGGGCCGCCCGGAGCGCCGCCGCCGCCGCACGUACGUGGCAUGCCUGGAUGUCCCUGCCUUGGCUGUGGCAUGGUGGGCCCAAGGCUCUUCUUCCUCACCGCCCUUGCGGUGGAACUCCUGGGAAGGGCUGGGGGUUCCCAGCCGGCCCUCCAGAGCCGGGGGACUGCGACGGCCUGUCGCCUGGACAACAAGGAAAGCGAGUCCUGGGGGGCCCUGCUGAGUGGAGAGCGGCUGGACACGUGGAUCUGCUCCCUCCUGGGUUCCCUCAUGGUGGGGCUCAGUGGGGUCUUCCCAUUGCUUGUCAUUCCCCUGGAGAUGGGGACCAUGCUGCGCUCAGAAGCUGGGGCCUGGCGCCUGAAGCAGCUGCUCAGCUUCGCCCUGGGGGGACUUCUGGGCAAUGUGUUUCUGCACCUGCUGCCUGAAGCCUGGGCCUACACAUGCAGCACCGGCCCUGGUGGUGAGGGGCAGAGCCUGCAGCAGCAGCAGCGGCUGGGGCUGUGGGUCAUUGCUGGCAUCCUGACCUUCCUGGCGUUGGAGAAGAUGUUCCUGGACAGCAAAGAGGAGGGGACCAGCCAGGCCCCCAGCAAAGACCCCACUGCUGCUGCCGCCACGCUCAAUGGAGGCCACUGUCUGGCCCAGCCGGCUGCAGAGCCCGGCCUCGGUGCCGUGGUCCGGAGCAUCAAAGUCAGCGGCUACCUCAACCUCCUGGCCAACACCAUCGACAAUUUCACCCAUGGGCUGGCUGUGGCUGCCAGCUUCCUUGUGAGCAAGAAGAUUGGGCUCCUGACGACCAUGGCCAUCCUCCUGCACGAGAUCCCCCACGAGGUGGGCGAUUUUGCCAUCCUGCUCCGGGCUGGCUUUGACCGAUGGAGCGCAGCCAAGCUGCAACUGUCGACGGCACUGGGGGGCUUGCUGGGCGCCGGCUUUGCCAUCUGUACCCAGUCCCCCAAGGGAGUAGAGGAGACGGCGGCCUGGGUCCUGCCCUUCACCUCUGGUGGCUUUCUAUACAUUGCCUUGGUGAAUGUGCUGCCUGACCUCUUGGAGGAAGAGGACCCGUGGCGCUCCCUGCAGCAGCUGCUUCUGCUCUGCGCGGGCAUCAUGGUGAUGGUGCUAUUUUCGCUCUUCGUGGAUUAACCAUCCCUGACGCCCCUGCCCCCUGCAGCAAUAAGAUGCUCGGAUUCACUCUGUGACCGCAUAUGUGAGAGGCAGAGAGGGCGAGUCCCUGUGAGAGAGAAUGAGCCUCCCACCAGGCAGGAGGGAGGUGUGCGUGGAUGUGUGUGGUGUGCACAUGUGGCCAGAGGCGUGUGCGAGACCGACACUGUGAUCCCCGUGCCGGGCCCGGGGCCCAGUGUAGCGCCCGUUCUUCACCUCUUCUUUGCCACCGUCAUAUUGCACCUCCUGGAGUGAACAGUGAGGGUCCUCACCCUGUCAGGACCCCAGGAGCAAGAGCAGCCCCAGGAUCCCCGGGUGCAGGGAACUCCAGACCUGGCCUGCCUUCUGCUGCCCCUCUGCACACGAAGCCAGGUGCCUAGGGGCCAAGGCUGGGGCAGCUUAGUUCCCCUUUCCUGGCCCGCCCUUCCCCACCUCUAAGCCAAAGAAAGGAGAGGCAGGUGCUCCCAUACCCCCAGCCCCACUCAGCACUGACAGUCCCCAGCUCCUAGUAGUGGGGCUUCCAGAAGCCGCUUCCCAAGACCCUUUCCUCAGGGCUGCCCGCCCUGGGAGCUCAUUCCCGGCGAAGAAUGAGCCCUGGCAGCACCGGCAGCUCUUGCCACCUCCAGCUGCCAAAUAGCAGACUGCCAGGCAGGGAGCAGCCCCAAGCCAGAGAGGCCUCCCGGGCCAGCUCAGGGACACUCCUGCCAGCACAGGGGCCAGGGACUCUUGGAGCAGGCACAGCGUGAGCCUGGGCUGCCCUCCCCAACUCGGGCCCCUUUCCUUCUUCACUGGGGUUGGGGUAGGUGGGGGCAGCGAGGGCUCCGCGCAUUGUCAGCGCUUAGGAAUGUGCUCUGGGAGAGUGCUGAAGCCAUAAUCCCCAGCCAUUUCCCUUGGCUGACGCCCAGGUACUCAGCUGGCCCACUCCACAGCCAGGCUUGGCCCUGUCCUUGACCGUGGAUGUUUUCAGAAGUGGCCAUUGAGAGGUCUGGAUGGUUUUAUAGCAACUUUGCUGUGAUUCCGUUUGUAUCUGUAAAUAUUUGUUCUAUAGAUAAGAUACAAAUAAAUAUAUCUACA